CCUGCACCGGAUAGCUCCUUGCAUGAUGAUGUUUUCAAAAUGAGUGUGCGGCUGUCAGUAAUCAUUCCUGUUCUGAAUGAAUCCGCUCUCAUUUCAGCUGCACUGGCUAGCGUGCACUCCGCUACGGUUGCGCCAAUAGACGUCAUCGUCGUCGACGGGGGUAGUACGGAUGACACGGUGAACCUGGCGAAGCAGCACGGUGCCAAGGUUAUCCGUUCAGAGCGCGGCCGCGGCCACCAGCUGAACGUUGGAUGGCGAGCCGCACGCGGCGACUGGUGCCUCUUCCUACAUGGCGAUUGCCUCCUGCCGCCUCGCUACGAUGAGCGGAUCGCUGCAUGCCUCCGUCCAGCUCAGCGUCAGGGCCGCGGCCACGGCCUCCAAACAUGGUGGGCCGCGCUGCUGUCCUCGGGUGUGGAGCUGCGCACGCGCUGGCUGCACCGGCCAUACGGCGACCAGGCGUUGUUCGUACGGCGAGACGUACUCGAGGCUGCUGGUGGCUUCAAGGAGUGGCCACUUCUAGAAGAUCUGGAGCUGGUGCAGCGGCUGUCCCGGGUCCAGCCUCCUGUCAUUGUCGAUGGAGCCAUCACCACCUCGGGCAGGCGCUGGCAGUCCGUGGGCUUUCUGAGGACGUCCCUUAUUAACCAGGUGAUUCUGGCAGGCUACGCGCUGGGAGUUUCCCCCCAGGUGCUGGCGAGCUGGUACUGGGGAGCCAAACAACUUGCAAGCCGCACGCUGCAAAGCACGUGACGUCAGAGCUUAAUUGCAUUUUGUUCCGUUAUGUUUUGUUAGUUUGUAGGUUGCUGUAUUUGUAGUAUCAGAAGUUGGGUAUAGUGUUCGUUUGUAGGUGUCUUUAUAUAUGGUUGGCAUGGGAGAAGGAUUUAUGGAGGUAUCUGCGAAAAUUUGUGAAAUUUUAAUUAUGUUUCGCAUCAGA